GCUUAAACUAGAUAAACAGCAGAACGCUUGCUAGCUAGCGACGCUGACAAGUACGGGCAAGAUAGGUCUCAAAGAUCUAGCUAGCUAGCUAGCUAUACAUAUUACUGUCCCGUGAAAAUACGAAAUCUUUUAGUUAUCGAGUGUAAAUUUAGCUAACUAGCUAAACGCUAUUUGACUGUCUGAGCAAUGUCUGUGCCAGACAGUGAAGAGACGUGUCUUACUAGUUAACGUGAGCUUGUCUGCUUUAGCUAGUUACAGCUUGCCACAAUGCUUUUUGAUGAUGGCUUCAACUUCCACAGCUGACAUAAAAGUGUGGCAUGAGGGCGACAGAUGCCUCGCUCCCAGCCUCAGAGAUGGCACCCUACUACGAGAGGGGACAAUCCAGAAACUCCCUUCCACUUCUCAUGGUGAGGACAUGGCACUGGUGAAGUUCACAGAUCAACAUGAUGAAGAUGAAGAAGAGGAGGCAGUCUUUCCAGUCUGUAAACUCCAGAGACCAGACACAAACCAGUCGUCCACCAGUGUAGUGUCUGCCCAGGAGAAGCCUCUAUUCCUCUGCAGCCAGACACCUCCCGGGCCAUCAGAGCCCUUGGUGUUGUCACAGAGUGGUGUGGCAGUCCCAUAUACCAUCAACAGGUACCUGAGGUACUACCAGAAGGAAGGGAUCCAGUUCAUCUAUGACAACUAUGCCCAGUCCAGAGGAUGUAUCCUGGGAGAUGACAUGGGUCUGGGCAAGACCAUUCAGGUCAUUGGUUUCCUGGCUGCUGUGCUGGGUAAAACAGGGACAUGGGAAGACAUUGAGAACAACAGGCCUCAGUUUCUUCUUACUCAGAUCCCCACACAGCGAAGCAAACCCCGAAAGGUGUUCUUGAUUGUGGCCCCUCUGUCGGUGCUGUACAACUGGAAAGAGGAGCUGGAGACGUGGGGUCACUUCCUGACCGUUGUAGUCCACGGUCUGAGGAAAGAGGAGGAGCUGGCUCGCAUCCGGAGGGGACGCUCUGAGAUCGCCCUCACCACCUACGAGACCCUACGCCUCUAUCUGGAGCAGUUUAACAGCAUUGACUGGUCUGCUGUGAUAGUGGACGAGGCCCACAAGAUCAAGAACCCCAACUCCCAGAUCACUGGGGCAAUGAAGGAUCUGAGGUGUCCGGUCAGAGUGGGCCUCACUGGCACAAUCCUGCAGAACAACCUGGAUGAGCUCUGGUGUGUCAUGGACUGGGCCAUCCCUCGUUGCCUUGGCAGCCUGGGUAACUUCAAGAAUAUGUUUUCGGACCCCAUCGAACUGGGGCAGAAGCACAGUGUAACUAAGCGGGCCCUAGCGACGGGCAGGAGGGCGGUCCGGGCCCUGGCUGCGAAGCUCUCCCAUUGGUUUCUCCGGAGGACCAAGGCUCUUAUCAGAGAGCAGCUGCCCAAAAAAGACGACAGGGUGGUGUACUGUUCGCUGACGUCGUUCCAGCAGACUGUGUACCAGGCGGUACUGGACACGGAGGACGUCACCCUGCUCUUGCGCUCCUCAGAGAAGUGUGACUGUCACAGUGGACACUCCCGCAGGAAGUGCUGCUACAAGGUGAAUGCUCGGGGUGUGCGUGUGACAGACCUGUACUUCAGUUACUUGGCCAUUCUCAGGAAGGUGGCCAACCACGCGGCUUUACUGCAAGCCAAGUGGAACACCAGCAAAAAGCAGGAGCAGUAUGUGAAUGAGAUCUGUGAGAAGGUGUUCCAGAAGUUUCCUGACUUCACAGAGAAAUGCAAGCAGGCAGCAUUUGAGGCCAUGUCAGACCCCAUGUACAGCGGAAAGAUGAAGGUUCUCCAGAGGUUGUUGAAACAUUACAUGCAGAGAAAAGACAAAGUGCUAUUAUUCUCCCUCUCCACUAAGCUGCUGGACGUGCUGGAGAGCUACUGCAUGGCAGAUGGGCUGGAGUAUAGCAGAUUGGAUGGCAACACCAAGCCCAGAGAGAGGCUGAAGAUCGUCAAAGAGUUCAACAGCUGCCCUGACAUCAACCUCUGCCUGGUCUCCACCAUGGCAGGGGGUCUGGGCCUGAACUUUGUCGGGGCCAACAUUGUGGUCCUGUUUGAUCCCACCUGGAACCCUGCCAAUGACCUGCAGGCAAUUGACAGGGCAUAUCGUAUAGGCCAGUGCAGGGACGUGACAGUGUUCAGACUCAUCUCUCUGGGAACAGUGGAGGAGGUCAUCUACCUGCGCCAGGUCUACAAACAGCAGUUGCAGUCUUCUGUGAUGGGUAAGGAGAGUGCCCGGCGGUACUUUGAUGCAGUGCAGGGGUCCGACGCAGAAGGGGAGCUGUUUGGGAUACAGAACCUCUUCAGGCUGCAGACCCAGGGGACCUGCCUCACCAGGAGAAUACUGGAGCGGGAGGGACGAGUGGAGGUAGGAGUAAUGACGUCCAGCACCCACACAGGGGAAGAGGAGGAGAGGAAGAGCGAGAGCGAGGCUGGGGAGGUUUCCGCAAGGGACCACUGUGAACUGGGCAAUGGAGGGGCCUCGAGGAUCCCCAGGGCAACAACCAGGGGGGUAUUGGACUUCAGCAGUGGCAGUGAGGAGGAGGGGGAACAGGGGGACAGGAGUAAGGUGGAGAAGGCGAACACUACCCUUCCUGGCCGACUCAGUCUCCUUCAGCAUGGCUUCUCCAGGUUGCUCCAGAGGUCAGGGGUCAGGGCUGGAUCAGGGUCAGAAUCAGGGGAGCAUAGCCAGAGUGAGGGGGGAAGAAGUGAUUCUGAGGAGGACAGUGAUGAAGACACUUCUGCCAUGGCACCAAAGGGCCUCAGCACCGCAGGGAGUGGGGGCCCCCAGACCCCUACAUUGGCCCCCAAGUGUGGGAACCACUUGGAUGCAGCUCCUCUGAAGAACGACUGGGACGUCUCCAGUGGCUCUGAGAGAGAGGAAGAAAGGAAUGGAGGGAGAUGGGAUGGACAGAGGGGGCGAGACCAUGAUCCUGUUACACUGUCAGGAGAGAGUGAUGACAUGGGGAGAAAAAUACUAAAUCUGAAACAAGGAAUAAGGAGGAAGAGGAGGGUGGAGGAGGACAGUGAUGAUGAUUCACCCCCCUCCAGUGGAAGCAAACGAUCUAACACUAAAACUCCAGUUUCCAGAAUGCACCAGGUGAUGUUUGACUCUGAGUCUGAGGACAUAGACAUUGAGGAGCUAAUCAGAGCUUGUGCACAAACUCAUGUGCUUAAGAGACCCCCAGCACACCGAAGAAGGAGGGAGAUGGGGAGAGAUGGUGGUAGUAAGAGAGAGACCAGCAACAGACCAGUAGACCAGAGUAGAAGAACCAGACAAGCAGAGGACAUUGAGACGUUUACCUCCUCAGACGAAAACCACACUGCAGUCGAAAGAGUCCGAUCUGUUACAGCCCCACAGAACCACAAUCAUGGCCGAGGCCCACAGACAGACCAACACGGAGCGAGGGCGUUUACAAACCCAAAAGUGAACCAGACUGUCCCUUCUGCCAAAGGACCGCCCUGGGGAACGAUUGACAAUGUGUUAGGUGGUGUACGGGAGGUGGUUUACACCCACUCUAACCAACAUGUGGUGGGCGGGAGCAAGGCCGAGGAGCGAAUCAGCAGAGCCGCUCUCAGAGACGUGUUUGAGCGCAGGAGGUUCUCCCAGCUUCCAGCCAAUGAACUCCGGGACACACAGAAGACUCAGCCUGAACACACUCCACCAUUCCAUACUUCCCAUAAUGAUGUUGGUUGGGUGGGAGCAGUGCACAGACCCAGUGUGGACCACCCAGUCACACACACCAUCAGGAGCGUCCACCACCCCACCCAACACACCACCGUCAUUAUCGGAGAGACCCCCGGAACCAUCCGAAGGCAGCAGCUGGAGGAGAUGGCGUGUGUAUUUGGAUCUGUUUCAUUGAGACAGUUUGCUGAGGAGGUUCUGAGGAGUACCUCUGCCCAGAGACUGGCUCAGCUACGACAGUACUACACUGACCAAGGCCCUGACGUGGCUUCCACCAUCAGGGAGAACUUCGCAGAACCACACACAGCCCAGCCCAAAGUUAACAGGACAACACCUUCCUCCUCUACAACCAAACACAGACCCAACUCCAAAAGGAACCAGAGAGUUGCUCUAGAACCCCAAGCAGAACCUAGAACCCGACAUAGGUCCGUUCCAGAACCCCAGAGGGAUGUUCCCUCUUCUGAGGAGCAGAUGGUCCGGAACGCCAGAGGAGGGAAGAAGAAGAGUGGUAAUAGUGGAAUGUCCAGAGCUGCUCAGUGCUCCAGCUCAGACCUGGACAAUAGUAGGAGUAGUCCUCUGGGACCAGGGCCCUCUAGAGCUCAACCUGUUUCCUCCUCCUCCUCUUCUUCUUCAGCUCUCAGCCAUCCCCAGGCUAAGCCCACAGCCAGCCCUCAGAGAGGGAGGAGCAGCCUGCUGUCCUCCCCCAGGAAGAGUGAGGUUGUGGGGAGGCAGCGGUACAGAGCUCAGCCUUCCUUUCCCCCCAGCCAGCAGGUCCUCCUCACAGAGCUGCUAGGAGACACCUCUAUCCUGGACGACCUGCUGCGACCCAGAAGCAAGGCCUCCUCAGAGCCUCAGAGGGCCUUCCCAAAAACCCCUACCUCACGGGCUGUCUUUACACCCACUUCUCACUCUGCCACACCUGCCUCCUGUCACCCUACAAUGCCUCCCAAACCGCCCAGCACACCCCACCCACGGCCCCUGACAAAAUCCGUCCCAGGCCCUUCUUCUACUACUACUACUCCCCCCUCUCGAUCCAUCACCACACCCCUCACACACCCCAUUACACCACUUUUCUCUCCAACCCCUGAGAGGUCAAAGAACAGCCACAGAGACUUCUGGGACAUUUUGGAGGAGGGUAACGAGGAGAGGAUCAACAAACUGACGGACCCGUCGGAGGUAGAGAGGGUGUGUGAGAGUGCUAGCGUCAGGGCCAGAGGAGGAACAGGGGGAGGAGAGGAGAAAGGGAACACGUCACUUUGGAAGAGGAACGACAAGUUCCUGUGGAAGAAGUGAUUUUGGGGGAGACAUGACGACAUGUAUUUUGCGUUCGACUUUUAUUAUUCUUAUGCUUUUUUUAAAACGAAAAAUGUAAUCGUUUUGGUUACUGUAACCUAUCCUGAAAUUAUAGAUUGAUAAAUACGUGUGUGUGUGUGUGUGUAAGUCAGCCGUGUAGACAAACCAUGUGUGUGCGUACUCAUGUAUGGAAAUGUACAUUGUAAUUCAGAACAUUAAUGCCAUGUGCCAUUGACUGUGUCAGUGGUGGUAACCCAUGGUAACCCAUGUUUCCUGCUCAACUAAUUAGUGACCACCAGCCUGAGAAUCUCAUGUCUGGCCACCUACAUGGCAGGCCCCUUGGUGGUCCUAAUAAAAAUCUCCCUAACCCCCCCGUUCACUCACACUCUGUCUCUUUGUCUGUGUUUCUGUCUUCUGCAAGGCUUGGACUAGUUUUCUUAUAUACUCUUUCUCAAUAGACGGUGUGUAUGGGAAGUGGGCCAGGGGCUGUCUGGGGGCAGGGCCUGUGGUGGGUACAUGCCCGGGGCGCUCCUUCCCGCAUCAGUAGUCUGCAAAAUGACAGGCUGUGGUUGGGCUCAGCUCUGCUUCUAAUGGCCUCAGAGUGGAGGCCGCUGCUGCACCAUUAGAGCAUUAAUGAGGUAAAAUCUGUGGGUCGUGGCCCACCAUUUUGGGGACCACUGCUGUAUACCAUCUCGGAUAGUUACUGUAUAGAGGUGUGUGUGUGUGUGUGAGAGAGAGAAAGCCACACAGCUGUUUGACCUCUCAGCUGAGGUAAGCAGAGCCCCUAAGGGUGCAGCUCUGUCAAUGUGUUUUGUGUAGCUGAAAUGAGAAAGUGCUGAUAGCUAUCAAUAAACAACAAGACUAA